GUGGUCACGUGGUGCAGACGCGCUCCGAGCUGAGCUUAUAAUACACUCCGGUCGACAGAGAGAGUUACAAACUUGCGCCUGAACUUGAUCACAGUCGGUGUAAGUCAUGUCUUUCUGUUCGUUCUCUGGAGGGGAGUUUUAUAAGGAUCAUUUUGAGACGGGCAUGUAUGUGUGUGCUCAGUGUGGGCAUGAGCUGUUCUCCAGCAGGUCCAAAUAUGAGCAUUCAUCACCCUGGCCGGCCUUCACCGAAACCAUCCACGAAAACAGCGUGUCUAAACACGAGGAAAGACGGGGGGCUUAUAAGGUUAAAUGUGGCAAGUGUGGGAAUGGCCUUGGCCAUGAGUUUGUGAACGACGGACCCCAACACGGCCUCUCACGCUUCUGAAUAUUCAGCAGCUCUCUGAAGUUCGUCCCUAAAGUAAGGAAUGAGCUCCGGUAGAGCCAGAUGUUGGAGAGGAUGUGUCCGUGAGAGCGUCUGGAGAAGCUCGGCUGUGUUUUCUGUGCGGACGGCGUAUGAAAGGCUCUGACGAAAACCCAGCAGAGGAACCAUCAGAGCACUGAUGUGCAAACAGCCUCGUGGGAAACACGGAGAAGCUCACUCCCAGUAUCCGCUACUUUCAAUAAACACACACAACUAUGCAAGAUCAGGUCUUUUAUAAUACUCACGCUAUACGCUAUUGCUCAGAAGUCUGGGGUCAGUAAAGACGCUUUAAUAUUUUUGAAAGCUAUUUGAUCAAAUUAUUAUUUUGAAAUAUUGUUACAGUUUAAGUUAACUCUCUCCUGUUUGAAUAUUUAACUUUCAUUUAUUUACGGUGACAGUGAAGAGGAAGUUCUACCGUAAUCACUCGGGUCUUCAGCGUCACAGUCCUUCAGAAAUCCUUUUAUUGUGCUGAUUUUCUGCUCAAGAAACAUUUAUUAUUAUUAUUGCCAUCAGUGAUAAAUAGCUGUGCCUGGAAAUCCAUGAUGUUACUUUCAGGAUUCUUUUAUAUAAGUAUAAAUGGUAUAAUAAAUAAUCUUACUUUGAACGGUAGUACGCAUAUGAUCUUGUAUGCCUUUCUGUAGACCAGUUGUUACCUCUUAAAUUAAAUGAGUUGGUUGCUUGAUAACGCAAA